AAAACAAACAACUCCAAGCAAUAAUUUAUAAUUUGGAACCCUGUAGUUUCUGGGACAAUGGAUCAAAUAUGCAGAGUUUGCAUGGAAACGUCCGGAGCACUCACAAACAUUUUUGAUGAGACACAAGAAUGGGACACUUGCAUUGCUGACAUGAUAUCGGACUACACAGGAUAUGUGGUUAGGCGAGGGGAUUCACUACCAGAAAACAUAUGUCCGCCCUGCCUGGAGGAUGCAGUGAGUGCAUUCAAUCUCAAGAAAAUCUGCGAGCAGAGCCAUAAACUCUAUUUCGCACGAAUGGAGGAGGAUAAAGAAGAAGAAAUCUGUGAUAAUGUGGAUUGGAAACCGUCGGAUAGUGAAAGUGAGCGGUCAAACCAAUUUAAACCCGAUGCAAAGGGUCCAAGUGAUAAGGAUGUCAAUCGUCGGUUCAAAUGUAGUCUUUGUCCAAAGAGCUAUGCGCAUAAAUCGAAUCUAACUAGACACAAGCAAUUACACACUGAAGAUCGACCCUUCAAAUGCUCCGACUGCUUAAAGUCAUUUAAAUUAAAAUACCAUCUUCAAGGACACAUCCGUACGCACACAAGUGAUCGCUCCUUCCAAUGCUGCCACUGUUCGAAGUCAUUUAAACAAAAAAAAGCUCUUCAACAACACAACCGUACGCACACAGGUCAGCCCUUCAAAUGUUCCCACUGCCCGAUGUCAUUUAAAACCCGGUACUACCUCAAAAAACAUCUCCAGGAAAGAACGUAUAAGUGUUCUUACUGCAUAAAAUCUUUCAGCGAUAAAUCUAAAUAUAGAAGACAUAAUCGUUAUCACACCGCUAAACGAGCCUAUCCAUGCAAUCUCUGCUCAAUGUCAUUUAUAACAGAAUCGAGUCUCAGGGUACACAUGUGUUCCCACACAGGAGGUAAUCCUUAUAAGUGCCCCCAAUGCUCAAAGACAUUUAAAUACAAAAAAAAAACGUACAAAAGACACCUACUGACUCACACGAGCAAUAACAAGUCUUCGAGAUGACAUCCGUAAGAACGAUGGAAGAUACGAAUGCACAUACUGCAGAACUUUAACCAUUUUAUGAACAUUUGAUUUUUAUUUAUUAGUUUUCCUACGCUCGGUUUCGGGUUUCCCAGCCUGAAAUUUCCCGAAUAAUAGCCAGUAGUGCAGAAUCAUGUAACUUUACCUUAUGUUCGGUACUUUCACUGCCCACUGUAGAUAAACAACAUACUUACUUUCGUCUUUCUAUCCAGCCUUCUUUGUUUCUAGCAUCUAGCUGUUCUCUCGCGCUCCUACUCUUCAUCUAACGCUCGUACUCGGCUUAUCAGCAGCCCGAGCUGUUCUAACGCUCUCCUUCUAUCGCUCUUCUUCUAUCGCUUCCUUCCCUCACUUGCAUUCACGGGCAAUUCGGUCCGCCUUCAAUUAAUUAGUCUGAUACUGAUCUUCAGCUAAUAUCGUCACAAUCGCUCCUACUUAUUUCUGUCGUCUUCAUCUGAUCCUGAACCUGCAAGAACCUACCUUCGCAGCCAUCCGUACUUUAUAUCGUCGCAAGUAGUGUACGAAAUUUUUCACUCUAAGAUGAGAUGAGAAAAUUUUUGAACAGCAUUAAUUAAUAAAACUAAAUAAAGACAAAAAUAUUGUUAAUUCCAAAAUAUAUU